AUGGAGACUGGAAAACAUGAAAACAAAAAUGGACCCCAAAAUGACGGACGAUGGUCUUGGAUGGAAACUACUUCUGCUCCUGGACCGAUUAUUCACGAAGAACAUCGUCCCGCACCGAAAAUAUGCGAUACGAUACUAGAUCACAUUGGUAAUACCCCGUUGGUUCGAAUCAAUAAGAUCGGAAAGGAAGAAGGCGUUCAAUGCGAAAUUCUGGUAAAAUGUGAAUACUUCAACGCUGGCGGUUCAGUCAAAGACCGAAUCGGCAAACGCAUGAUCGAAGCAGCUGAAACAGCCGGGCUGCUCAAGCCUGGUUGUACUAUCAUCGAGCCGACUUCGGGAAACACUGGAAUCGGCUUGGCUCUCGCGGCAGCAGUGAAGGGAUAUAAGAUCAUCAUUACGAUGCCGGAGAAAAUGAGCCAAGAAAAGGUGGACGUUCUUAAAGCUCUUAACGCUCAGAUCUACCGCACGCCUACUGAAGCCGCCUGGGACUCCCCAGACUCUCACAUAAGCCUCGCGCAGGAACUCAAUAAGAAAAUUCCGCAGUCGAUCAUUCUCGAUCAGUAUACAAAUCCAUAUAAUCCUAUAGCCCACUAUGAUCAUACGGCAGAAGAGAUAUUACAACAGUGUGACGGCAAAGUAGAUGUUUUGGUAAUUGGUGCAGGUACAGGUGGGACGAUUACGGGAAUUGCGAGGAAGGUCAAGGAGAGAUGUCCUGAGUGUAAGGUUGUUGGUGUUGAUCCAGUAGGCAGUAUCUUGGCGAACUGUGAGGGCGAGGAGGUUGCGCCUUAUCUGGUCGAAGGUAUCGGAUACGACUUUGUACCGCAAACUUGCGACCGUGAUAUAGUCGAUUCAUGGAUAAAAACCACAGAUAAAGUCUCUUUUCUCAUGUCGCGUCGUCUCAUUCGCUCUGAAGGUCUACUGUGUGGUGGCUCAUCUGGCGCUGCAAUGUGGGCGGCGAUCCAGGUCGCUAAGACACUUGACAAAACUAAACGUGUAGUCGUCAUUCUCCCUGACUCUGUUCGCAACUACAUGACCAAAUUUCUCUCGGACUCCUGGAUGCGAGAAAACGGUUUUUUGGAUGACAAAGAGUCGGAGUCCAAGAAAAAGAUUUAUUGGGAGAAGACGGCGAGGGAUUUAGGAGUGACAAGGAAAGUGCCUGUUGUUAGUGAUAAUGGAAAAGUUAAAGACAUCGUGAGGGCAGUUAAGGAGGAAGACGUUCAGAAGGUUGCAAUAGUGAACGAGGAUGGCGUGUUCGUAGGGUCGGUUGAUGUCAAGGAUGUUAUGAAUAAGCUAGUGAUAGGCGUAUUAAGGGUUGAUUCUAGCCUGGAAGGAAUUAUAGAAAAAUAUGAAAAGUAUAGAAAAAAUCCUUACAAGGACUUUGAUUUGGAUACACCAUUGGAGCAAAUUGCGACAUAUCUAGAGCAUAGCAAUGAGGUUAUCAUUACAGAAAUUAACGAAAAGGGCGAGAUAUAUCCGAAUAUAUUAGUUAAAAGAUGUGAUUUGUUGGAAUUUUUGGGUAGUAUUUAA